GUACAUGUAUAUCAUCAAGCAAAUAUACGUCUGUAUUUAUUAUUUAAUUGGCAAGUAGAUUGGUACAAAUCUAAACAUCCUUCUACCUCGAUCGUUGAUUGGCUGUACUACAUUUUGACAAACUAAAAUGUAUGCUUAAACAUUUCUUUAUAGUUUUCGGUAUCUCGAAAGCUCUUUAAGGCAAACGAAGGGACACCAAAUUGGAAGUGUGUACUCAUGACAAGUACUCCUAAUUCUUCAAAGUGUACGUUCAGUAGCAGUCUGAAAGAAAGACUCAAGAGAUGUGGUCGAUACCAUUCAUCUCCGUACCAACCACCUGGUCCUGCGAAACAAAACCAGAACAUCUCACUAAAGAAAGGAACAGCGAUCCCAAAAAUUGGAAAUUUUAGUGUCCAUCGUGUAAACAAUUCUGAAGAAAAAAGUGAAUUGGCAAAUAAAGAUGGUCAAAUUGCAGAUGAAAGUUCCGAGUUGAGGAAGGAAGCUAACAUUUAUGAUAAUGCCAGCAUGUGUAGUGAUGAUAGUUUAUCCCUAAAAGCUGUCACAAAUGAUUAUACAUCUGAAAGGGUUAAGGAUAAGCUUGAAUCUUUAUGCUGUGGCCAUGAAGGUGGCACAAGACUUUCUCACUCUGACACAGAUUUAUUAUCCAGAAAUACAACUUUUGUUACCCCAAUUAAAAACAGAGACCAAGUUGUAAAAAGAAAAACACUCAGUUUUAGAAACAACAUAGAUGAACAUUGUAAAUCAACUGAACAUUUGACUUAUUCAGCUGAGGCAGAUGUGGCUGAUGUUGAGGUAGAUCAACAUUUUAAUGAAGAAAUGCAUUGCUCGGUUCAUGGUUUAGAAAAUGAGCUGACCUCUAGAAAAGAGUUGCUCAGAAAACUGAAGAUGGUGAAAAUGUACAGAGAAAAGAACAACCUCUCUGAGCUUGAAGUUCUGAUAACCAAGUGGCGUGGAGUCUCCCAACAAGCGUUACAGGAUCUGCACCAGUCCAUGCCUGAGCCCCGCCCCUCCCUAACGGAACUUAUCAACCAUCUUGGUAUUGACCACAAUCUUGUGUGCUUCAGUAGUGAGGAUGAUGAAACAUUUACAUGAUACUGCCAUUAAUUGACUUCAAAGUCAAUGCCUCAGUCCCUGCCAUUACUGAUGUUACCAUUUUUUUAUCAUGUCCCUUUAGUACAUCUUAUAUGCUUCAGUAGAGCGAGGAUAUUGAAACUUGAAAUAGCACUUUAAAUAAACCAUUACUAUCCAUUUCUUGAGUGAAUCUUAAUGCUUCCUUACCAAACUUAUAAACAAUGACCAUGAUCUUAAGAAUCGAGGAUGAUAAUUCAUUUACUAAAGUGUUACCAGACCAGUCAAUGCUUGAGUCACCCAUGCUGUUAGGAACGAAUCAAACAUCUUUGUUUUUGGCACAAUACUUUAACACAAUACUUUAAUUCAUAAGUGAAGGUGACAACAUAUAUACAAAAAGCACCAAAAAUAGGUAAUUAUAAUAAAUUUGACAGGAUAUUUUGGAAAGCCCAUGGUGUGACCUAUUUUAAGAUUCAGGGUACAAAGUUUCCUGUGACUAAAAAUAGAAUGGAAAGCCCACAGUAUUACCUAUUUUAAGAUUCAUGGUAUAUAGUUUCCUGUGACUAAAAAUAGACUGGAACGUCCCUAGUGUACCAAUUUUAAGAUUCAUGGUAUACAGUUUCGGGUGACUUAAAAUAGGAUGGAAAGUCCAUGGUGUGACUAUUUUCAGAUUCAUGGUACAUAGUUUCCUGUGACUAAAAAUAGGUUGGAAAGCCCAUGGUGUGACUAUUUUCAGAUUCAUGGUACAUAGUUUCCUGUGACUAAAAAUAGGUUGGAAAGCCCAUGGUGUGACUAUUUUAAGAUUCAUGGUAUAUAGUUUUCUGUGACUAAAAAUAGACUGGAUAGCCCAUGGUGUGACUUUUUUAAGAUUCAUGGUACAUAGUCUUCUGUGACUAAAAGUAGACUGGAAAGCCCAUGGUGUGACUAUUUGAAGAUUCAUGGUACAUAGUUUCCUGUGACUAAAAAUAGGUUGGAAAGCCCAUGGUGUGACCUUUUUAGGAUUCAUGGUACAUAGUUUUUUGUGACUAAAAUAGACUGGCGAGCCCAUAAUGUUACCUAUUUAAGGCCCAUACUAAUGGAAUAGCCCUUGCUGUGACCUAUUUUGAAGCGCAUAAUACAUAGUUUCCUGUGAUUAAAAUAGAAUAGAGAGCCCAUUGUUGUGACCUAUUUUUAAUGUCCAUGGUCAUUUAAGGUACUGGUACUUGAUUCUUUUUAUUUUAACAUUUAUUUGAUGUGAUGCCUUAAACAGUUAAAAAACUUUUAUGGAGAAGAUGUUUAAACAUUUACCAUUUUUUGACUUUUAACUAUCCUUUAAGAGGUUUGCACGGUACUAAAUCAUAAGUUAACUGUGAUAUUAAUUUAGUGUAUUUGUCAUGUUGUCUUAUUGCAUCAUAAAUCUUCAUAGAAACACAAACGUAUCGCCAACAAGUAUGUUAAUAUUCACCAAUUAUAAGAGACAAAUACAGGUGUUUGUUUUCAUGUUUGUAGCCUACCGGUCUCCAUUUAUUUGAGGCAAUUGGGUCAUUUGUAUAUUUAUUAUGUUUUGCUAUUGACCAAUCAUUAUAAAUUUAAAAUGAUAAAUAUUCUUAAAAUGCCCAUUAUUAGUACAUACAUUAUGCAUUAUUUACAUAUAUUAUGAAAAUUCACUUUGUAUAAUAUAUGUUCAAGGGUACUUUUUGUGAAAAUUUAUCAUUUUAAAAUACCAAAAAAGUUGCUCGAGUAUAUACAUGUAUGUAUUAAUUUUAUGUAGUUCUCUGUUUUGUUUUGAUUUCAAAUUAUAUGAAAUGUUACUGUUGCUUAUGUUAAAAUAAAGUGUUA